AUGGAAAAGCUAGGCUUUGGUAGGAAAUGGAUAAGGUGGAUUAUGAACUGUGUGAGCACUGCAUCGAUGUCUAUCCUCCUAAAUGGCUCCCCCCUAAAACCUUUCAAGAUGGAAAAGGGCUUGAGCCCUGGUACACAACCUGAAAAAGCAGAUGAUUUGAACCUGAUAGAGGCUGUUGAUAUAGGAAAGACUAAGGUAUGUCUGAAACACCUUCUAUUCGCUGAUGAUACACUUAUCUUUACUCCUAGAAACUCCAUGUGCAUUACUAAUUAUUUCAGAAUUCUAGAUGUUUUUGCUAUGAUGUCUGGGUUAAGUCUUAACUACAGCAAAUCAUGUUUUAUAUCUUGGAAUUCGAGUGAUCAUAGUUGGGUCAGGGACAUUGCUAGAAGCGUUAGGUGCCUCCACUCAAUUUGUCCGUUUACAUAUCUGGGUUUCUCCCUUGGAGAUCACAUGAAUAGGUGCGCAGCUUGGAAACCAAUGAUAGAGAAGAUACAAAACAAACUAGCCUCAUGGAAAGCAAAAAUUCUAUCCAGGGCAGGGAGACUAACUAUGAUCAAAAGUGUGAUCAAUAGCCUACCUGUGUACUAUAUGAGUAUGUUCAAAAUGCCAAAAUCCAUUGCGUCGAAAAUAGUGAAGCUACAGAGAAGGUUUUUCUGGGGUGGGUCGAACGGUGAAAAGAUGGGUUGUCUUAGAAUAAAGUGGUCAGUUAUUCAACUUCCGAAAUAA